AUGGUAUUCUUGGUAGAAGAGAGUACACUACUGAAACUAUCACCGAAUUUAAUAAAAAUAAUAGAAUUUUUAAGUGAAAAAAAAACAACUCACAAUGACUAUCUCAUUGCACUAACAAUAACUGUAUUUAAAGAAGCGGAUUUUAUUGUCAAAAAUAAUGAAGACAGGGGUGACUAUUUAUCAUUAGAAUUGGAUCCAAGACAAUGGAAAAUAAAUGGAGCAUACAGGAUUAAUCUUGAACAUCGUUCCAUACGAGAAUUAAAUUGUAAAUUGGACGCUAUUCCUGUGGGAGAUGUUAUCAUACUAAACUUAACAUCUAUUAAUAAUGCUAUCAAGACGAGGUGUACUGCUGUUGAAACGUUGGAAUUUGUCAACUUGCAUUCUAGUGAUGUUAACAGCCGAUUUAUGAAUUUAAAGACUUUUUCACAUAGAAUAAAAAACAAUUUAAUCACUCCAUUAAAAUGUGAUGUCUUGAAUCAUCUAAAAGUUGUAAAUCCAAGUCUUCCAGGAUUGCCUGAAGAGUUAAUUCUAAAAAUAUUAAGUAUGCUUCCUGAAGCGGACCAAAUAAACCUGCACAAGACUUGUCAAAAGUUCGAAAACUUGUUCAAAAGUUUGUACGAAUACAAGAGUGGUGUUAAAAAGUCUUGCGAGUAUGAAUCGUAUAUGAAGUUGUUGAGACUUGGUCGUCAUGACUAA